GUGUGCCCGGUUCCUUUUCCGGUCUCUUUCACCAAUUUUCAAGCAACAUGGCCUCGUUUGAACAGAUGAGAGCAAAUGUGGGGAAAUUACUGCGGGGUAUCGACAGGUACAAUCCGGAAAAUCUUGCUACUCUAGAACGCUAUGUGGAGACCCAGGCAAAGGAAAACGCAUAUGACCUGGAAGCCAACCUAGCAGUGCUAAAACUCUAUCAGUUCAAUCCCGCUUUCUUCCAGACGACCGUCACCGCACAGGUCCUCCUCAAAGCUCUGACCAACCUUCCACACACAGACUUCACGCUCUGCAAGUGUAUGAUCGACCAGGCUCAUCAAGAAGACCGUCCAAUCAGACAGAUCCUGUAUUUAGGAGACCUUCUAGAAACCUGUCACUUUCAGUCUUUUUGGCAAGCAUUGGAUGAGAAUCUCGAUCUCCUUGAUGGUGUUGCUGGCUUUGAGGACUCUGUGAGGAAAUUCAUCUGCCAUGUUGUGGGGAUCACAUACCAGCACAUAGACCGGUGGCUUUUAGCUGAGAUGCUUGGAGAUCUGUCAGAGCCCCAGCUCAGAGUAUGGAUGAGCAAAUACGGCUGGACGGAAGCCGACAACGGCAAGAUCUUCAUAUGUAACCAGGAGGAGAACAUCAAACCAAAAAACAUUGUGGAAAAGAUCGACUUUGACAGUGUUUCUGGAAUUAUGGCAACCUCUCAAUGAUGAUCUUCACUAAGGAAAUACAACUUAUUUUAUGUACAGAGCAAUUGUUCCAUCAGAUAAUAAAAGCGACAAAUUGGUC